AUGCUUCCCUCCCGCGCGUUUAGUUCGUCUUCUCUUGUACCUGGACCUAGUCAGGCAACUGCCAUACCUUCUUUGUCUCGACCUUCUUGGACAAAACAGGAUGUGUUAACUCUUGCUGGCGUAUGCAUAGCUAUGAUCACCGUGUUACUCGCAUUAUUGAGUGUCUUGACGUCCCCGCUCAGUCUACGCAAGUGGCUGCGCAGACCGUUUCAUUGGAUCACACGACGGCUGCGGCCCAAUACGGAAUCCCUACCCCUGUCAUCACCAUCGCCUUAUCCACCAAUGGUCAUCGAGAACUGGAAAAAUACAGAUCCGACAGCGGUGCGCCAACUAUGGCAGGAACGUUACAAUGAGUCGUUGAGGGUGAGGCGCGGGGGAUUCUGA